CUGGCUCCGGCCCUGGCACAUGCAGGAUGCUGCCCCUGCUGCUGCUGCCGCUGCUCUGGGCAGGGUCCCUGCAGGAAGAUGCAGGGUACAAGCUCCAGCUGCAGGAGUCGGUGACAGUGCAGGCUGGCCUGUGUGCCCUGGUACCCUGCUCCUUCUCCUACCCCUGGAGUGGGAGGAGUCCCCCCAGCGAGCUCUACAUCUCCUGGUUCCGGGAAGGGUACAGGUUAUACUAUGAUGGUCCUGUGGCCACAAACAACCCAUACAUGGACGUCAGAACAGAACACAGGAAUCGAUUCCAUCUCCCUGGGAACGUCAGGGACAACAACUGCUCUCUGCUCAUCAGAGAUGCCAAGAAGGAGGACACAGGAAGCUACUUCCUGAUGGCAGAUAUAGGACGGUAUACAAGAUACACUUACAGAGAUAAGAAGCUGASUCUGCAGGUGACAGCCCUCACAGAAAAACCGGUCAUCCUCUCUCGGGAGACUCUGGAGUCCGGCCGCCCCACAAACCUGAGCUGCCGCCUGCCGGGGUCCUGUGAAGGGGGAAGGCCUCUCCAGUUCUCCUGGACAGGGGCGGUCACUAGCUCCAUGGCCCCCGGGGCCCUCCAGUCCUCAGUGCUCAGCCUCACCCCGAGGCCCCAGGACCACGGCACCAACCUCACCUGUCAGGUGACCCUGCAAGGAUCUGCGGUGACCACGGAGAGAACCGUCCCGCUCAACGUGUCCUAUGCCCCUCAGAACCUCAGCGUCCGCAUCCUCUUCGGAAACGGCACAGGUACAGCCCUGAAGGUCCCAAGUGGACCCACAUCAYUGCCCGUCCUGGAGGGUGAGUCCCUGCACCUGGUCUGCAUGGCGGACAGCAACCCGCCUGCCUYGCUGAGCUGGUCCUGCAAGACCAGAGCCCUGAGUCCUUCCCAGGUCUCAGCGUCUGGGGUCCUGGAGCUGCCCUUCCCGGGGGCUGAGGAUGAAGGGGAGUUUACCUGCCAGGUUCWACACCCGCUGGGCUCCCAGCACCUUUCCCUGAGCCUCUCUGUGCAGAKCGACUCCUCUUSCUGCCUGUGUGUCCCUGAGAAGCAGGAGGGCUCCUGGCCCCUGGUCCUCACCCUGGUCAGGGGGGCUGUCAUGGGGGCUGGCUUCCUCCUCACCUAUGGCCUCACCUGGAUCUACUACACCAGGUGUGCAGGUGCCCAGGGGAGCAGAGCCAAGAGGCCUGGCUGAGCCCCCUACCCAAGACAGAGUGAGCCCUGCAGAGGGAGUGAACUUGGCUUCCUGCCCCAAGACCAAGAACUUGCCAUCUCAACACUUGAGACUCCAGCCUCCCAACUUCCCGGUCAGCAGAGACUGGAAUACAUGUGGCGUCCUGAACCCAUGAAUACACGGGGCGUCCCGAACCCAGCAUUUCUUUUCCAGUUGAAGACCCUACCUCAUUAUAAUUAUUGUAAAAUAUUGUAGCAUUUAAC